AUGAAUACUUGGAAUUACACGCUUAAGCCUGAUUUCAUCCUCAUGGGGCUGACAGAUUCCAAGGAGAUCCAGCUGGUCAUCUCUGUGACUUUUCUCCUGAUAUACCUGCUCACUGUGCUGGGGAACAUAGGCAUGAUACUGAUCAUUCGUCUAGAUGUCCAGCUACACACUCCGAUGUAUUUUUUUCUCACCCACCUGUCAUUCCUUGACCUCAGUUACUCAACUGCCAUCACACCUAAAACCUUAGAGAACUUGCUGACUUCUACUAAGAAUAUUUCCUACGUGGGCUGCUUCACUCAAAUGUACUUUUUCGUCCUUUUGGCUGCGACUGAGUGUUUCCUUCUGUCUUCCAUGGCCUAUGAUCGGUACGUAGCUAUCUGUAACCCUCUGCACUAUUCAGUCGUUAUGUCCAGCAGAUUCUGCAGUACCCUUCUUGGUGGGUCAUAUGUGCUUGGAACUCUGGAUGCCACUGUCAAUAUGUUAUGUAUGGCUACAUUGAAUUUCUGCAACUCUAAUGUCAUUCAGGACUUUUUUUGUGACACAUCCCCACUUAUAGCCUUGUCUUGCAGUAACACACAUGAUAUUGAAUUCAUUAUAUUUAUUUUUGCUGGUUCUACUCUAUUGAUGUCCCUUAUCACAAUAUCUGCAUCUUACAUGUCCAUUCUUUCUACUAUUUUGAAGAUCAAUUCCACUUCAGGGAAACAAAAAGCCUUCUCAACUUGUACUUCUCAUAUCUUGGCAGUCACCGUAUUUUAUGGAACCAUGAUCUUCACGCAUUUAAAGUCAAAUCAGUCUUUCUCCUUGGGAAAGGAUCAAGUGGCUUCUGUGUUUUACACCAUUGUAAUACCCAUGCUGAAUCCACUCAUCUAUAGUCUUCGGAACAAAGAAGUAAAAUGUGCUGUCAGUAGAGUUAUAAAGAAGAGAGAGAGAACUCUGGGCACGUAA